AGUCCUCUGACAUUACAGAUUCUUGCUCUGGCUGCCCUGAAUCAAGAUGCCAGGUAUUUUUCCAUGGAAAACGCUAUGCAACUGCUGAAGGGAGUUCGGGAAAGGCUGUUGAAGAGCCCUCACCAGCUGCUGAUGAAAAUCCCAUCUCUGGAGCAGCCCAGGAAGAGGAGAAACCCUGCAAGGAAAAUACCAGAAGGCUUCAAGGACAGCCCGGCUCUGCAGGGAAGUGCAGACCAGCUGGUUCAGAACAUUUGCAGCUGUGGACAGACAGUGCAGGAAGAGGCAGGGGAGGCAGGCAGGCCAGAGCUUCCUGAAAGAGGAGUGCAGCGGCAGGCCACCAGUGAGGGCCAGAGCCAACACCACCAGAUCCUACUGAAGCUGAUGCAUCUGCUAGAGCUGCUGAGAGAUCAUCUGGAAGGUGGGGGCUCAAGGAGGCAGGUGGAGACUGGCUCCUCCUCCACUGACCCUGUGCCCUCAGGCGGGAGCCCCGUGAACAAAGGAAAGCUGCCCAGGGCACUGAAGAAGGCACGUCAGAGGAAUGAAGAGCUCACAAUAAACAAAACAGUCCACCUAGUGGAGCAAGUAUCUUUUCACCUUCAAAACAUCCUGGAAAGUGAGAUUCAGAAGUUGCGCCUGAAGCUCCAGGCAGAGUCUAAGCUGUGCGAAGAGCACAUCAAACACCUGGAGAGGAAGAGGAUGGAGGAGAAGGCACGCUGCCUGCAAGUGAAGAAGGAACUUGCCAAGGUGCACAGGAAGGCGGAUGCUGCCCACUGGAACUUAGUCCUCUACAGGAACAUGGCCCAGGACCUGCACCCAGAAUGGCUGAAAAUCUCCUCCUUGCAUGACCAGGAGCGCUUCCUGGUGGAGAACAGAAGUGAGGAGAGAAGAGAAGGCUGUCCUGUGGGAAAAGAGGGAGUUCUGCAGGCUCCAGGCAGAAAACCAUUGCCUCAGGCAGAAGCUGGCCAACUCUGGGCCCAAGGUCCAGCCUGUCUCCGGGGGGCCACCUGCUGCUCCUGCUGUUCCGGGCAAAGCCUCCAAGUACCCUCAAGGGCCAAAAGCUCCCCUGAAACCCCAGAAGCCCAAGAAGGGAGCAAGGGUGCACUGGCCAGACUCCCAAUUUCUCGGGUCCCCUGCGGGUCUGAUUUCCUUUCCCAGCAGCCAACAGAACUCACAACCAGAGCACAAAAGCUCCUGUGCUUACCCCUUAAGCCAUACCCAUUGCUCCUUCUACUUGAGAUCCACCCCAUUAUUUAA